CAGAAACGAAAGGAGGGAAAUAGUUGACUCAACUGGGGAGGUUUUGGUUGGAGUGGACAUAACAAUUUGAAAUAUAUCAAAAACUUCUGCAGCAAUUAAGAUUUUUUUCUUUCAAAGAUGGAUUCGUCUUUCCGAGCAGAACUGUUUGAUUUCCACGGAGUCUCAAUGACCCGUUAUUUCACAGACAACUGGGACAAUGUUCAAAACUUUCAGGCCAGGCCGGAUGACAUACUCAUUGCAACAUAUCCCAAAGCAGGAACUACAUGGGUAUCUUGCAUCCUUGAUCUCCUUCAUUUUGGUCAAACUUCUUCAGAGCGCCAGACAUCCAUCUCAAUCUAUGACAGAGUGCCUUUCUUGGAGAUGUCGGUCCCGUCUGUGCCAAAAGGUACAGAGCUGGCAGACAAGCUUGUCACUUCUCCUCGACUCAUCAAAACUCAUUUUCCAGUCCAAUUUGUGCCGAAGUCCUUUUGGGAGCAAAACUGCAGGAUUGUUUAUUUGGCUCGUAAUGCCAAAGACAGUGUCGUGUCAUAUUUCCACUUUGACCGCAUGAACAUGGCGGAACCAGAACCCGGAGAAUGGAGCAGCUUCCUCCAGAGAUUUAUGCAAGGAAAGAGUAGGUACAUUAUGAAAUACAAUUAUACAUCUGUUCCACAGUCUUAUAAUGGAUUUGUUUGCUUGUGGUCAGUGGUGUUUGGAUCCUGGUAUGAUCAUGUAAACGGCUGGUGGAAGAAGAAGCAGACUUACUCAAAGCUCCAUUACAUGUUCUAUGAAGAUCUGAUUGAGGACACUGGACGUGAACUAGACAAACUCUGCAGCUUUGUUGGGUUGUCUUCUUCAGACGAACACAAGAAAAGCAUCAUUGGCAUGGUGCAAUUUGAUAAUAUGAAAAAUAACAAAAUGGCCAACCACUCCACGAUUUCAAUUAUGGAUUUCAAAAUUUCACACUUCAUGCGAAAAGGAAAAGUUGGUGACUGGAAGACCCAUUUCACUGUGAAUCAGAAUGAACACUUUGACGAAGAUUACAAGAGAAAAAUGACAGAUCCUACACUUGAGUUUCGCACUGAAAUGGAUAUUUCUGCUAUUUAGAUUGAUUUAGUAUUACCAUGAGAAAAAAGUUACUGAAUAACCUUUCUUCUUAAAGGCCUACUGAAAUGCGAUUUUCUUAUUUAAACAGGGAUCGCAGGUCCAUUCUAUGUGUCAUACUUGAUCAUUUCGCGAUAUUGCCAUAUUUUGCUGGAAGGAUUUAGUAGAGAACAUCGACGAUAAAGUUCGCAACUUUUGGUCGCUGAUAAAAAAGCCUUGCCUGUAUCGGAAGUAGCAGACGAGUAGCAUGACGUCACAGGUUGUGGAGCUCCUCACAUCUGCACAUUGUUUACAAUCAUGGCCACCAGCAGCGAGAGCGAUUCGGACCGAGAAAGCAACGAUUUCCCCAUUAAUUUGAGCGAGGAUGAAAGAUUUGUGGAUGAGGAAAGUGAGAGUGAAGGACUAGAGGGCAGUGGGAGCGAUUCAGAUAAGGGGAGAUGCUGUGAGAGUCGGGUGGGACCUGAUAUUCAGCUGGGAAUGACUAAAACAGUAAAUAAACACAAGACAUAUAUGUACUCUAUUAGCCACAACACAACCAGGCUUAUAUUUAAUAUGCCACAAAUUAAUACCGCAUAACAAACACCUCCCCCCUCCCGUCCAUAUAACCUGCCAAUAUAACUCAAACACCUGCACAACACACUCAAUCCCACAGCCCAAAGUACUGUUCACCUCCCCAAAGUUCAUACAGCACAUAUAUUUCCCCAAAGUCCCCAAAGUUACGUACGUGACAUGCACAUAGCGGCACACACGUACGGGCAAGCGAUCAAAUGUUUGGAAGCCGCAGCUGCAUGCGUACUCACGGUACCGUGUCUGCGCAUCCAACUCAAAGUCCUCCUGGUAAGAGUCUCUGUUGUCCCAGUUCUCCACAGGCCAAUGGUAAAGCUUGACUGUCAUCUUCCGGGAAUGUAAACAAUGAAACACCGGCUGUGUUUGUGUUGCUGCAGUCGGCCGCAAUACACCGCUUCCCACCUACAGCUUUCUUCUUUGCUGUCUCCAUUGUUCAUUGAACAAAUUGCAAAAGAUUCACCAACACAGAUGUCCAGAAUACUGUGGAAUUUUGCGAUGAAAACAGAUGAUUUAAUAGCUGGCCACCAUGCUGUCCCAAAAUGUCCUCUACAAUUCUUGACGUCACGUGCUGACGUCAUCAUACCGAGAUGUUUUCAGCAGGAUAUUUCAAGCGAAAUUUAAAAUUGCACUUUAGUAAGCUAACCCAGCCGUAUUGGCGUGUGUUGCAAUGUUAAGAUUUCAUCAUUGCUGUAUUAACUAUCAGACUGCGUGGUCGGUAGUAGUGGGUUUCAGUUGGCCUUUAAUUGUUACUAAAUUACUAAAUCACAUACAAAUUAAUGUAUGUAAAACAAGUGCAUCUAUAUGUACAAAGCAUUAAUUGCCGCUGGUAUAAUCAUUCAACGUUUACAAAUAAAAUACUAAUGCAGUUUUAAUAGCAUGUCUGUUUUGUCAUGAUUACGUAUUCUGUCUAGAAGAAAAUAUCAGUUUACUUGCGACAACUGUUCAUGUUGUGUGUGUAAUGUCGAGAAAAUAAAAAUAAUUUAGUAAGUAUACGACUUCGGACUUUUAUUUUUGAAAAUUA